GGUGGUGUGGGGAGGGCUUGGCAACCCUAUCAGCACUGUCCUAUUGCAACAGGAGGGAGGAGGGUACACAGAGGUUACUUAAAAACCCCCAACUUUUUCCAGGCUUCUAUAGCUCUUCAGAAGUUCUGCGAGGGAGAAGAAAAAGAAAGGAAAAAAAAAAAAAACAAACUAUCUGAAAAGAAGGAUGUCUGAAACAAUGAAUACCAAUGAAGAGAGGAAACCUCCUCUGAAUGGGAGAAGAGCCCUCCCAUCAAACAACUCUAAUGAAGAAGAAAAUGAGGUCCCUGAGAUGGAGGCUUUUGGAUUGAUACCUAGAGGAUUUAAUCCAAAAGAUUACCUGCGUGUUGUGGAUAUUCAGAUGUUCAAGGAGCCCCAUGAGAUCAACAAGCAGCAGCACCACACUGACAAGUACUACAGCCCCAAGCUGAUAGUGCGUCGGGGACAGCUUUUCCAAAUCCAAGUUGACUUCAACCGGCCCUAUAACCCAGAGACGGACCAAUUCUGGCUGGAGUAUUUGAUAGGUCGCUACCCGCAGCAAAACAAAGGCACCUACAUCCCGAUCCUGGUAGGUGAUGUACUGAAACCUGGCGAGUGGGGAGCCAAGAUUACCCACAAGGAGAACAACUCUGUUCGCCUGUCCAUCAUGUCCUCUGCCACCUGCAUUGUUGGGAAGUUUCGCCUGUAUGUUGCUGUCUGGACUCCCUUUGGCAUCCUCCGGACACACAGAAACUCUGCAACAGACACUUACAUCCUGUUCAAUCCAUGGUGCCAGCAAGAUGCUGUGUAUAUGGAUGAUGAGAAAGAAAGGGAAGAAUACGUUCUGAAUGAUGUUGGUAUUGUUUUCCAUGGAAACAUCAAUGACAUCAAAUUAAGAAGUUGGAGUUAUGGUCAGUUUGAAGAAAACAUUCUGGAUGCUUGCCUGUUCCUGAUGGACAAGGCAGAACUGGAGCUCUCUGGACGUGGAAACCCAAUAAAAAUCUGCCGUGUUGCCUCUGCAGUGAUCAACUCCAAGGAUGAUAAUGGUGUGAUUGCUGGAUCCUGGGACAAUACAUACACUUAUGGAGUCGCACCUUCAGCCUGGACUGGAAGCGUGGACAUUCUCUUGGAGUAUUAUAGUUCUAAGCAACCAGUGCGAUACGGCCAGUGCUGGGUCUUUGCUGGUGUCUUCAACACAUUUCUGAGGUGCUUGGGGAUACCUGCAAGACUCAUCACCAACUAUUCUUCUGCCCAUGAUAACAAUGCCAAUUUACGUUUGGACUUCUUUCUGGAUGACGAAGGGAAAGUGGACACCAAACUUACAAAAGACUCCAUCUGGAACUAUCAUUGCUGGAAUGAAGCUUGGAUGACCAGACCUGAUCUUCCUGUUGGUUUUGGAGGAUGGCAGGUUGUUGAUGGGACACCCCAAGAAACCAGUGAUGGUAUGUACAGGUGUGGCCCAGCCUCAGUUCAAGCCAUUAAACAUGGUCAUGUUUGCUUCCAAUUUGAUGCUCCUUUUGUCUAUGCCGAGGUGAAUAGUGACAUUGUUUACUCAAGAAGGGAGAAAAAUGGAACCCAAGUGAUAGAAAAAAUUGACACAACCCACGUUGGGCAGUUGAUUGUGACCAAGGAAGUUGGGGGUGAUGGAAUGAUGGAGAUUACUGAGGACUACAAGUUCCAAGAAGGCUCAAAGGAGGAGAGACUGGCUCUUGAGACUGCUGUGAUGUACGGCGUUAAAAAGCAAACUACCCAAGACAUCGUGUAUCAGCCACAGACAGAUGUUGACAUGGACUUCCAAGUGCAAAAGGCAGUCAUUGGCAGUGACUUCAAAGUCACUAUAACUUUCAGGAACAAAAGUCGCAACCAUUACACUGCUACUACAUACCUUUCUGGCAACAUAGUGUUUUACACAGGAGUCACAAAAAAUGAAUUCAAGAAACACUCUUUCAGUGCAAAACUGGCACCCUCUUCAUCGAGCGCUUUUGAUGUUAUGAUCAAAUCAAGUGAGUACCUGAGCGACCUGCUGGACCAAGCCUCCUUUCAUUUCUUUGUGACGGCACGGAUCAAUGAAACGGGGAAGAUUCUGGCUAUGCAGAAGGCAACAGUCCUGGAAAUUCCCACCCUGCGGAUCAAGACCCAAGGUGAGAUGGUAGCUGGCAAAGAAAUGUCUGUGACUGUGGAAUUCACCAAUCCCCUGAAACAAACCCUGGAGAAUGUCACACUCCGUCUUGAGGGACCUGGCGUGCUGAGAACGAUGAAAAAGGAGUUCAGGCAAAUCCCAAUGAACUCUACCUUGAUCUGGGAAGUAAAAUGCAUCCCAAAAGUACCAGGGUUACGAAAGCUGAUUGCAAGCCUAAAUUGUGAUGCUUUGAGGCACGUGUAUGGUGAGCUGAACGUCCAGAUUCAGAAACCAUGAACAAAGGUCCUGCCUUCAUUUCUCAUUUAACUAUAUUGCAAAAUAUCACAUUAGGGAGGGGGAAAAAAAAAAAAAAAGUGGAAAGCUACUCAUCAUUAAUUUGGUCAUCCUUGUACUGAACAAAAUUUGAUAAAGAAAGGUAAUUGGUAAGAUUAGGGAGAACUUGAAAAGGCAUCUGGAUAGUGAAUGAUUUAAAAUUAGAUACAUGUAGUUAAAGGCAAUUCUAGGCCAUAUUAUUCCUAUAGUUCACUUGUAUUUAUGGUCUUUUGCAUUAGUGCUGCAAGGGAAUCUGAAAAGCUCCAUUCACCAUAGUCUGAACUUUAGUUUUAAUUAAGGUCUGAUAUUUCACCGAAAAGGAAAAAGAAAAAAAAAAAGCCCAGUGUCAUAAAUUCUUAGACUGAAUUACACAACCCUGUGUUAGAUCAUUCAGGCUGCAGUAAAAACAGGUAUUUCUAGCUAAAUGGACUACUUCAUCUCACAGUGUUAUAAUUUUCCAGUUCAUAGAGAGCUCACUUUGCUGGAAGCAUGUCUCAGGAUGUGUUAUCUCCAGAAUAUUCCCAGUUCUUUUUUUCCUCUUGCUGCUUCCCUAUGCCUUUUUUUUUUUUUUAACCCUUUCACAUGCGCAAGCACCCACACAUACUCACUCCUGUAUUUCAUAUGCUCAUCCACAGUGUUGAUACACUGUUUUUCUCCUUUGCUUGAUGAAAGUCCAGAGUUUUACAUGCCCUUGCUCAGAGUUCAUCACACCAAACUUGCAUUUCCUGGUCACAUCUCAUGAGUUUGGUGUGGUCCAGCUUCAUCCUUUUCUGCCUUCUCUUCUGAACCUGCCUUGUAGCCUCGUUUCCCGCAGGUGUGUUUGUUGGAGGGUUCACUGCCCCAAAGCAGUCCAGGCUUUCCUGGCUGAUCAAUGGGGUGAAGGAGAGAGAAGCAGAAGGGGCAACUUGAGGGUCUUGAGAGUCAGAAACUCAACAAGCUGGGCCAGCAUCCUGCCUUUCUCACAGCAAAUUCCUCUGUGAGGUGCAACUGAGCCUCCCAAGGCAUUGCUCCUCUGAGGACCUUCUGGCUCAGAGGUCACCCUGAAUCUGUGGUUCCCAUUAGUCUUCUGUGCAGAAUACCGCUCCAUCCUAAGCCAUGUACCCCAUCAUGCUAGAGCAGCAGAGCGUAUGUGUGUGUAUGAAUUUCUCACGUCCCCUGAAAUCCUUCUCAGGAUCUUUUCCCAUAAGGCAAGGACGCACAUGCCACAAGCUGUGGUAAUUCCUCUCCACUGGCUAUAGUGUGUAAGCACAUGUCCCAUACUAACAGCCCAGGUGAGCUAACUGAGCUUCCGAAGAAGUUAAAAGGAGCCUCAUGCUCAUUAAGCACUGGGGCUUUAUUAUGCUGUGUAUGGUUGUGUCAUUUUGUGGUUUUAUUGGUGAGAAAACAAGGGAGGUGACUUACUUUCUGCUCCUCUUCUUGCCACACGUUGGUUCUUGCAAAACCUGUGACCAGCUGUUAAAAAUAAGAAAGUCCUGGGAGGAGAGAAAUACAGGCUACUGUUUUGCUGAAGUAUAUGGAACAAAGCAAAGAUUCAUACCACCUCAUAUGCUCAAUGAAUAGCCCUGGAUCCAGGAACAGGAGACUUUUGGGGGCUUUCACUUCAGGCAUGGACACACACUCAUUUUGUACAGCUUAUGUGACCACAUUAGAAACUCCGCAUGUCAAAGUCUCCCAUAUAAGUCCUCUGGGGUACAAGGAACUGAGCAAUGUGUUGCAAAUGCAAGGUGAGAAUCUCUGUUAAGUAAUUAAGCACUCCCACCAGAGCCUACAUCUUCUAAUAAAAUUAUCCGUUUUUUGCUCCUGCAUAUAAACCUGCUUUCCGUUCCAGACUUCUUAUAACUAUAGUGUAAUAAGAAUUUAAAAUAAAGCACGUCUGAUUUCA